CGCUCGCCAUAUAUAUCGGACCCGAAGCCAGGCGGCAUUUAGUUUUCGAACCGAAUCGCGAAACACUAAUUCUAGUCCCGGGUCCGCGAUCGAACCUUUGAAAACAGGUAAAAUGUUCGCCCUGCGAGUGGCUGUUCUUCUGGCAGUCUGUGUGUCCUUGGCCUCCGCCGGAGCUCGUCAGCUGGCCGUGGAUGUGCAGCCGCCGGUCACUUUGGCCACCGAGCUGGGGGACUACCGCCUUGCGGAACACAUUUAUCCUGUGAACUACAACAUUACCUUGAGACCGUAUCUGCUGGAGAGCGAUGGCAACAAGAGAUUCACCUUCGAUGGCGAGGUCUAUAUCGAAAUAGUUCCGAAUAAGACCACCUCGGAAGUGUACCUGCACUCGAAAAAUCUCAUCUAUUCGGUCAGCGAGUACUGGCAAAAGCCAGCGGCCGGCGUGGCCAAUCCAACACCCACGAAGUUCGGCACCAACGUGACCAACUCUGAUACGGAUAUUGUGAAGCUCACGACCACAGCCGCUCUGACCGAAAAGAUCACAUAUAUCCUGCAUUUCGUGUAUACCGGUCUGAUGGAGGACGAUAUGCAUGGAUUCUAUCGCAGCUACUAUGUGGACGACAACAAUGUGACCAAGUGGCUCGGAUCCACUCAGUUCCAGACCCACCACGCCCGCCGCGCCUUCCCCAGCUUCGAUGAGCCCCAGUUCAAGGCAUCCUUCGAUGUCACACUGAAGCGCCACAGGACCUUCAACUCGGCCAGUAACACCCGACUGAUCUCAUCCUAUCCCAGCGGUGAAGAAGGCUACUAUACGGAUGUGUACAAAAGGACACCCAUAAUGUCCACCUAUCUGCUGGCCUUCAUCAUUUCCGAGUUCGUGGCCCGCAAGGACGACAAGUUCGGAGUCUUCGCCCGUCCCGAGUACUAUGCCCAGACCCAGUAUCCCUACAACGUGGGUGUGCAGAUCCUGAAGGAGAUGGGUGUGUACUUGGACAAGGACUACUAUUCGAUGGGCAAUGACAAGAUGGACAUGGCCGCCAUUCCCGAUUUCUCGGCCGGAGCCAUGGAGAACUGGGGUCUGCUGACCUACAGGGAGCGCAGUCUGCUGGUCGAUGAGUCGGCCACCACUUUGGCCUCUCGCCAGUCGAUUGCUGCCGUUGUGGCCCACGAACAGGCGCACAUGUGGUUCGGCGAUCUGGUGACCUGCAAGUGGUGGAGCUACACCUGGUUGAACGAGGGAUUCGCCCGGUACUUCCAGUACUUCGGCACUGCCAUGGUUGAGAAGGAUUGGGAACUGGAGAAGCAGUUUGUGGUGGAUCAGAUUCAGUCCGUGAUGGCCAUGGACUCCACCAAUGCCACCAAUCCGCUGAGCGAUGAGAAUACCUACACCCCUGCCCAUUUGAGCCGCAUGUUCAACAGCAUUUCGUACAACAAGGGAGCCACCUUCAUUCGCAUGAUCAAGCAUACGAUGGGAGAAGCCUUUUUCCAGACGGCCCUGCAAGGGUACCUCAAGAAAUACGCAUAUCAGCCAUCGGUGCCUGAGUAUUUGCUGGGUGCUUGGCAGGCCAAGUGGCCAAAUAGUAGCUACAACGACAGCUCCGAGGCCAUCUUCAAGAGCUUCACCACGCAGGUGGGCUAUCCCUUGGUCAAUGCUGAGGUAGCUGCCGAUGGACUGACGGUCCGCUUCACUCAGAAGCGUUUCCUGCUGAAGGAGAGCGAUGGCUCCGAUCCCGAUCUGAAGUACACCGUGCCCAUUUCCUAUGCCACCAGUGAGACGACCACCAAGUUUGCCAACUCCACGCCCAAGUUCAUCCUGAAGCCAGAUGUGGCCAUGAAUGUGGUUUUCCCGUCGCAAAUCAAGUGGAUUGUGGCCAACGUUCAGCAGACGGGCUACUACCGAGUCAACUAUACUGAGAACAACUGGCGUGCCAUCCACGAAGUCUUGUAUACAGCCGACUGGGGCGGCAUCCACGAGAACAACCGUGCCCAGAUUGUCGACGAUCUGUUCAAUCUGGCCAGGGCCGGUAACAUUUCCUACGACCUCACCCUUGAGGUGAUCGAGUACUUGGAGACGGAGACCAAGUACAUUCCCUGGACGUCGGCCUUCAAUGGCUUCAACUUUUUGACCAUUCGACUGGGCAAUGACACGGCUGACUUCAAUACCUAUAUCCAGCAGCUGACCAGCAAGGCCUACACCCAGCUGGGAUUCAAUGAGACCUCGAGCGACUCUGCCCUGGAUAUCUACUUGCGCACCAAGAUCCUUUCCUGGGCCUGUCGCUACGGCAGUGCCGAUUGCAUUAGCAAGGCCAAGAGCUACUUCCAGUCGCUGACCACCGUGCCCAAGAACAUUCGCGCCACCGUCUACUGUGUGGGUCUGCGGGAAGGUGGGGAAUCGGAAUUCCAGGCUCUGUAUCAGAAAUUCAAGGCCGAGACUGUGGCCACCGAGGAAACGCUGCUGCAGAACUCCUUCGGGUGCGUGAAGACCCAGGCCCUGAUCGAGAAGGUCUUCAAUUUGAUCCUCAGCGACGAGAUCCGCCGGCAGGACAAGUCCUCCGUGCUGGCCACUCUCUACACUGAGAACAAUGAGAACGUGAGCCCAGUGUUCGCCCUGGUCACCCAGAAGCACGUGCAAUUGGCUGAGGCCAUGGGUGGCUAUUCCGCAGUGGCCACUGUGAUCUCCAACAUUGCUGCCCGUUUCACCACCGAGCAGCAGUUGAAUGAUCUGCAGAACUUCAACAAGCAGAAUGGCGCCAAAUUUGGCACUUCGCAGGCCACUUUGACCGCGGCAGAGGCGACCGUGAAGGAGAACCUCAAGUGGGCUGCAGCCAAACUGGGCGUUUUCCGCACCUACCUGUCCCACUACCGCAAUGGAAGUGCUAUGGUCAACGCCUUCAGUGCCAUCAGUCUGCUUUUGGUGUCCCUGGUCACCAUGCUGCGCCAGUUAUUGAGAGCCCGAAAGCGUGUUGACAGGAAUAUUAUUAAUGAGAUGUGUGACGCAUAUUCGAAUCAUAAUCUAAUCAUCUGUGAACGACACCUGUUUUGGGAACUUUGGGGGAACUUUUGGUUUUGUGAUCUUGUGGUCGAAAUCGGAGUCCCCAGUAAUCGAGCUUCGGCCGACAUGAGCAGUUCGGAGUCUCGCAACUUGUGUUUGCUAUUUUUGCUGGCGAUUGGCGUCGUAAAUGGCGUCGAUUAUCGGCUGGACGGUAGCGUUGUACCUUCCUACUAUAACCUGACCAUCGGUGUUCUCAAAGAUUCUGCCGAGCCCACGCUUUUCGAUGGCGAAGUGAGCAUUACUCUGCGUGUGGUUGGCCCACUGGAGGUGCAGCAAAUCAUUUUGCACGCCGACACGCUCGACAUUUCGGAAUGCUGGCUGCUCGAUGCGGCAGGUGCGCUGCUGGAGCCCAUCGAUAUCAGCCGGCUGAUUUAUGAGGCCACCAACCAACAGGUGACAGUUCCGCUGACGCAGGCCGUGCAGCCUGGAAGAACUUAUACUCUCGGGUUCAAGUACACCGGAAAGAUAAGGACCGAUAUGGUUGGUCUCUUCUCCGCCAGCUAUGAGGAGCAGGGCACCAAUGACACCAAGUGGCUGGCCCUCACCCAGAUGCAGCGGAUCAACGCGCGGCUGGUCCUGCCCUGCUUCGAUGAGCCCGCCAUGAAGGCCAAGUUCCAGCUGCAGAUUAACCGGCCUAAUGGUUAUCAGGCAAUUGCCAACACCAAGCUCAAAGAAACCACUGCGGCAAGUCAGAAUCGUUUUGUCGAUCAUUUUGAGGAGACCCCUGUGAUGUCCACAUAUUUGCUAGCUUUCAUGGUGGCCAAUUACUCUGCCCGUGGAAAUGUAAGCGAUUUUGCUGUGCUGACUCGCCCGGAAUUCUACAAUAAUACGGAGUUCAGCUAUACAGUGGGUCAGCAGGUGCUGCCAGCCUACGAUGAGUUGUUCCAGCUUCCAUAUGCAGAAUUGGGCAAUGAAGUGCUUCAAUAUGCCAGCUCUCCCAGGUUUCCCCACAACGGCAUGGAGAACUGGGGCCUUAUAAUCUGCAGCGAUGGCGUUUUGGUUCAGGAAGCUGGAUACUCCGACGAUUGGUCGAACAAGGAGUUCGCCAUCCGUAUCAUUGCCCAUGAGACUUCGCACAUGUGGUUCGGUGACAGCGUAACCUUCUCCUGGUGGAGUUACUUCUGGCUAAAUGAAGCCUUUGCCCGCUACUAUGAGUACUUCAUGGCACAUCAACUCUAUCCCGAGUAUCACUUGGACGAGCAGUUUGUGGUGCGCCAGAUGCAGCUGAUCUUUGCCACGGAUGCCCGGAACAGCACUCAGCCCAUGACAAGUCCGGAAUCGGAGAUACAGACUCCGUCUCAAAUUGCCUACAAGUUCAGUGGGAUUGCCUAUGCAAAGGGAGCCUGCAUUGUCAGGAUGUGGCGAAAUCUCAUGGGGGCGCAAAACUUUGACACCGCCAUUAGGAAUUAUUUAAAGCAAUACCACUUGACAAACACAGUACCCAAUAACUUGUUUUACCACCUCUAUGAGAACUGGCCAACAAAACCGUAUGUGAAUCUGGAGCACUUUUUCCCCGACUACACGGAACAGGUGGGAUAUCCCAUGCUGAUUGUGAACAUUACCCGUGGAAAUCAUUUCGUCUAUGUGGAGCAGAUGCGAUUCCUGCUAAAUCCUGGUGACGGCAGCAAUGCCACACUUAAGUAUACAGUGCCCAUAACUUAUACAACUAAUCUGGCGCCAAAUUUCGAUGACCUCACUCCGAGUAUAUAUCUAGACAAGGUCGUGGACGUGCAUCAGAUGUACUUUGACGAUCCCAUUGAUUGGAUUGUGCUUAACCUUAGGCAGUCGAACUACCAACGAGUGUUGUACGAUGAAACCCUGACGAAAGGUCUUCAGGUGGCUUUAUCUGCACCGAAUCACAGCGGAAUACCUGUUGAGAAUCGGGCCCAGAUCAUCGAUGAUCUCUUCAAUUUUGCGCAAGUUGGUUAUGUUGACUUUGCAGAGGUAUUCGAGUUCCUUGAAUAUCUGAGUGAGGAGGUGGACUAUGUGCCCUGGUAUGCUGUCUACGAGAACCUGAACUCGGUGGCAAAGCGAUUGACACCUGAACAGCUGCCCAAUUUCCGAACAUACCUCUCAGACAUCACAAAGGCUGUGUAUGCGAAACUGGGUGUGGGUUGGAGUGCCAAGGACACUCCGCUGGAUGUGGCCAAUCGGAAUAAGUUAAUUAAAUGGCUGUGCAGAUACGAGGCCAGCGAUUGCAGGAACAAGGUUAAUGUCUAUUUCGUAACAUCAUCUGAGCAACCAUCGCCGGAUUAUCGGGAAACAUUCUACUGUGCAGCCAGUAGUAGCGAUUUCAAUUCGUUCACUUCGGUGUGGGGAAAGUACUACCUUGAAACUCGUCCCAAUGAGAAGAAACUCCUUUGGUCCGCAUGCAGUUGUACCGAGGAAUACGAGACCUUUUACUAUAAAAUGAUCAUUACGGGUCCGGGAAAUGUGGAUCAAAAGAAAAUUGGCAUAGCCCGGUUGUAUGAGCAGAAUCCCCAUUUGGUCGAACCCAUUUUUAAAAUGGUUACCGAAAACAUUACCGAACUGGCUUUAUGUUUGGACAGCUGGUCGGAUACGGCAGAGGUGAUCAGCGACAUGGCGGAGUACUUCACCACCAGGCACCAGCAGCAGUUGUUCAAGGACUUUUACGAUGGCAACCACCAACUCUUCGGUCAGUCGGAGGCGGUGCUCUCGAAAUCCUUGGAAACGGUGGACCAAAAUCUAAAGUGGGCCGAGAAGCGACUGAGCAGAUUGGUCCUCUUCCUGUCCCGCAGGAAUGGCAGCUCCAGCCUGGGAGCCACCUCCAUGGUGGUGCUACUGCUGGCUGUUGCCAGCCUUUUGGCCUGGCUCUGAUUAGGUAAUAAGUUGUGCGGGGAAAUAAAGAGAUUGCCGAUGUGGUCAUGCGCUGCGGGAGAAA